ACAUAUUAAUUUUAUUGUAUCACCGUUAUAUUGAUGCAGAGAAACAUGAAAACAAGAUUAAAUAAUAAAUUCAUAAUAGAAUGAAAAUAAUUACAAGAAGGGAUAUUUAUGGAAGAAUUUUGUGGUGAAGUGCAGUGAGAAAUUGCGUUAACAGAAAGGUGAUCAGUGUGAAGAAGGUCGAUGGAAAAAGAGGAUCAUCAGUAUUGUGUGAACGGCGAAGAACCGCAAAUUCAAGAACCGGAGAAAGAGGAUGAAGAGAAACUGGAACCGGAGAGAGAGGACGCAGAGAAACUUGUUUUGCAAUUUAUGGAUUCGAUGCAUAACUACCUUGCCCUCUGCGAUGCAUUUUCAUGCACACUUCGACAGGGAUGGCUGGAUUUGGCAAGUGCUCGUCAUUCCAUGGGUGGCUCUCGCAUUAAUAGUUCUUUAUUGGACCUGAAAUUCCAUUCAGCUUCUACAACAGUGGAGAUAACCAAUUCUGAUGGUACACAGCCAUGCUUCAAGUUGCGUAAAUGGGUAUCCUCUGAGAAUGUAAGUACACAAUUAGAAGACGAGAAUAUGCAGCCACGAGAUAGUAGUGAUGUGAAAUCUUCUGGACUUGCAGAUAAUGAUGAAGUUCAAAAGGAGCGAUCCAAGUCCUUGUCAGUUUUUGGAAUUUUAAUUUCCCCAAAACUUCGAGCCACCCAGCUGUCAUUUGAGAGAGCACUAGAGACACUUGUAGAAAUAGCAAAUGUGCAAUCAUCAUUGUUAUACUCUUUUCACCGACUGCAUCAAGAGGUGGAAGAUACCAAAGAAUGAAAAUAGUAUCAGUUCCUUCAGGCUGUCGGAAAUGCAUCGCAUGUGGAUAAUCUUAAUUGCAGUAUUGGGGAUCCAGCUUUGCGAAGAUUUUGGCGUUAAAUUUAUUGAUGUUAUCAGAAGACACUGAAAAAUUCCCCCAUUGUGCUUAUUUCAUUUUUAUAUUGGGCAGAGUUACAUGGACAUUAUGUUGUCUUGGUAAGAGGGGAACGGGUUUUACUUGACGCUUGCAAACAGUUGUGCGCUUGCUGAAGGUUGCCCCUCUCUGCCACAGUUAUGACCCGAGUUCAAUACAAAGGAUUUUUAUU